AUGUUUGCGGCACCUUACCGUUGGAUACUAAUAGGUCUAACUGCAAAUGAUUCUGAAAAUAAUUUAACUCUACCAGAAUAUUUUGAAAAUGUCGAAUUUUUGGUUGACUCUGAGGUUCUUGCUGUGUAUCAGCUAAAUAAUUUGACCUACGCAAUAUAUAAAAUUUACAAAAUAGGAUCAGAAAGUGCAUGGAAAAUUGAGCCAAUCGGCGCCUGGAAUACAAGUCAUGGAUUACAAGAAACAUCGAACCUCACUAAAAUCACCGCUCUACGAAGGCGCAAUUUAGAAAACUAUGAAAUUAAAAUCUGUUAUGUUUUAACAGAUUAUGAUAGCAUUAAUCAUCUGACGGAUGAAGUGAAUGACCAUAUAGACACUAUAACCAAGGUAAACUUCCCAACAACGAAUCAGCUGCUAGAUUUUCUCAAUGCUGGGAGAAAGUACAUUUACACAGAUACAUGGGGCUACCGACGCAACAAUACCUGGAAUGGCAUGACUGGCUACUUGGUAAGAGAAGAAGUGGAGAUUGGAGGAUCACCGAUGUUUUUUACCUCCGAACGUCUAUCUGUAGUGGAAUACAUCUCAAGCCCAACGCCCACUCGAUCCAAAUUCGUGUUUCAGCAACCAAAACUUUCUUAUGAAAACAAUUUGUUCUUAUUGUCCUUCAAAUAUUCCUUGUGGAUUGGUUCUGGUGUUUUGCUGAUUUUGAUUUAUUUGGUCCUCUUUGUGGUAGCUUUUUGGGAAUGGAGACGUACAAGGCAUUGUGUAUCACGUAUAGAAGAUGCAGGAAUUUUAAGACCUAACCUUAUAGAUGUGGGCUUGUUUAUAUUUGGAACUACGUGUCAACAGGGUAGCACUGUUGAACUUAAAGGUUCCUUGGGACGUAUAGUUUUAAUCUUUCUAUUCGUGACAGUAACAUUCCUGUAUACGUCUUACGCCGCCAACAUAGUAGCUCUCCUGCAAUCAAGUUCUUCGCAAAUCAGAACAUUGGAUGAUUUGUUACACUCGAGGAUCAAGUUUGGAGUACACGACACUGUGUUCAAUAGAUAUUACUUUUCGACGGAAACAGAGCCUGUUCGAAAAGCUAUUUACGAAACCAAAGUGGCACCUCCUGGUGCGACUCCACGUUUCAUGACUAUGGAAGCUGGAGUCAAGGAAAUAAAAAAGGGACUUUUCGCAUUUCACAUGGAAACUGGUGUUGGAUACAAAUUCGUUGGAAAAUUUUUCGAGGAAGGCGAAAAAUGCGGUCUUAAGGAAAUACAAUACUUGCGUGUCAUUGAUCCGUGGCUCGCUGUAAGGAAAAACACACCAUUUAUGGAAAUGUUCAAAAUUGGGACGAAGCGUUUGCAAGAACAUGGGCUUCAGAACCGGGAAAAUCAUCUGCUCUACGAAAAACGGCCUAAAUGCUCGGGAAGGCAGGCUAAUUUCGUUUCAGUCAGCAUGGUUGACUGCUAUCCAGCUUUGCUGGUGCUAUCUUAUGGAGCCUUAAUAGCUUUGGUUGUUGCUUUAUUAGAAAUCUUAUACCAUAGACGAUACCAAAUCAAGGAUAAGGUUGAACAUGGCGUAAUGCGUCCAAAGAAGAUAAAGCUGGUUAAUAAAUUAAAUAACAUGCGGCCACCGAGAACUAUUCAGUUCAUUAAAGAUUUUGAAGAUUCUGCUGGAUUCAAUGAUUUGGUAAUUGUAGUCGAGUUGGAUAGAUUAGCCACCAAAGGCUUUUUGAAACAGGCCAAUGCAACAAGAAAACUUCGCAAUCCUUACCGUUGGUUGAUAAUUAAUAGGAAUUCCGUUAACAAUAACAAAAUACCAAUUGAUUUGAAUGACCUCAGCAUAUUACUGGAUUCAGAAGUAAUAUUAUCACAAAAGGAUGUUUACAAAUUAAAAUCCAAUUCAAAUGUGUGGAAGUUUCAACCCUUUGGUAAAUGGACCCCGCUUGGUUUGAAUUUAACAACUUCGAACACCUCAAUCACUAUAGGACGGAAGAAUUUAGAAGGAAUGCCCAUAAGUGUAUCUGUGGUUGUGAGCUGCGCUGCAACGAAGACAGAUUUGUUGACACUAAAUCUCAACGAACUGCACAUAGAUUUCGUAUCAAAAGCCAGUACACGCCAAGUGACUCCACUUUAUGACUUUAUGAACGCGACCCGGGUCCUUGUCUUCACUGAUACCUGGGGCUACGUCGUUAAUGGCACUUACAAUGGGAUGAUUGGUGACCUGGUCCGAGGAGCGGCCGAUUUAACUGGUACAGUAAUAUUCAUAACGAAACCACGACUGAAAAUUCUGGAGUACUUGUCAUACCCAUCAACUGCAACGGUUAUGUUUGUGUUUCGACAACCGUCACUAUCGUACCAGAACAAUUUGUUCAUUUUGCCGUUUAAGCCAACAGUUUGGCUUUGUAUAUUUGGAGUUAUCAUUUUGAUGAUGGUCAUUAUUUAUAUGAAUGCGCGCUGGGAAAGUGUUAAACUGCAAAACAAAGACAGUCUGGAUAAUGCACUUAUGAAGCCAAGUACUGGUGAAAUUGCAAUGAUGAUUAUCGGCGCGGUCACUCAGCAAGGAACCUAUACUGAAUUAAAAGGAACUUUAGGACGUGUAGUGAUGUUUCUCAUGUUCUUAUUAUUCUUGUUCCUAUACACCUCGUAUUCUGCGAACAUCGUCGCCUUGUUGCAAUCGAGCUCCAACGAGAUUCAAACGCUAACAGAUCUACUAAAUUCUAAAAUGGAGUUGGGUGUUGAAGAUACACCUUAUAACAGGCAUUUUUUUUCUACGUCUACUGAACCCGUUAGAAAAGCUAUUUACGAAAAGAAAAUAGCACCUCGCGGCUACAAACCAAGUUUUAUGAGUUUAGAAGAGGGAGUCAAGAAAUUGCAGAAAAAACCCUUCGCAUUCAACAUGUUUGUUGGAGGAGGAUACAGAUUGGUUGAAAGAUUUUUCCUAGAACACGAAAAGUGUGGACUGCAAGAGAUACAGUACAUACAAGAGAACAAGCCGUGGCUGACUUGUAAAAAGAACUCGCCGUUCACAGAAAUAUACAAGAUUGGAUUGACUAGAAACCACGAACAUGGACUAAACGACCGUGUCAAUAGGAUGAUAUACGCUAAGAAACCUGCUUGUAUAGCCCACGGUGGUAUAUUCGACUCGGUCAACAUGACUGAUUUCUACCCCGCACUGUUGAUGUUGGUGUAUGGAAUGAUACUCGCUCUUGUUCUGAUGUUCAUCGAAAUAUUGCAUUUUCAUCGCUGCAGAGGCAACAGCGGUAUAUGGAGCAUAUAG